ACGGCUCGGUAUCGAUCUCCGCCGAUUAACAGCUCGGGCGCUUCUCCGCGGCGACUGCCACUGUCACCGCUCUCGCCCUACGCGCUGAGGGAGAACGCUGUCCCUACUACGGACGGAACAGGCUUGCAUUAAAAUUCAUCGCAGUCGCCAUGCAGCGCGCUGACAGUUCUGCGCCAGCUUUGGGUGGUUGAGAAGCCGCUUUACUGGCUGCGAAAGGGGAGGCAGUGGUGCCAGGGGAAGGUGCGGUGUCCUAACGGUCCCGCGGCAAAUACGCCGUCCCUGAACCAAGGUACUUUUUAAGGAGACCUCCUUAACAGGGGUUAGGAGGAACGAAUUCACCGGGUAGGAAUCGUGAGGAAAGAAACCGAGGCACAAGAGGGAGGAUGCGAGCAGCGGCAGCUGAAGAAACCGCCUGGUCCCACUCCUAACAGUCUGCGACGGGCACAACGGCGGCCCCUUCCUAGCCCCCAUUUUAAGAAGAAGGGGCGGGAGGGGGAGUUCAAAGGCAUAAACAAGGAGCGCAGGACCUAAUUCCUCCCCCCUCCUUUUCCUCAAGCUAGCUUGCCCAGGGUCGCCAAUAAAUCCAGCUCGACUAUGCAUCGCAAUGGGAACGUGCUGCCGCGGAGGCUGCCUUCCCCUCACUGAGGAGGCUAAAGCCGCUGCUGUUGCUGCCGGGGCUGCCUUCUCCUCACUGAGGAGGCUGAGAUCGCUGCUGCUGCUGUUGCUGCUACUGCUGCCGAGGCUGCCUUCUCCUCACUGAGGAGGCUGACUGCUGCUGCUGCUGGUGGUGCUGAGGCUGCCUUCCUCUCACUGAGGAGGUGGUGGUCCUGAGGCUGCCUACCCACCCACCACUGAGGAGCCUGCUGCUGCCCGCGGAAGGCGCGGUGCCCUCAUUGAGGCAGCAGCAGCUGUCGCCUUCACUGAGGCUGCUGUGCCCUCAUUCAGGCGGCCGCCACUGCUGCGUUACUGAGAGAGAUUGUGCCGCUGCGACAGGGGAGGACGGGGCUCGGCGCGCAGGGAGGAGGCGCAGCGAGCAUGCGCCGGCUGAGCCACUGACUGGAUUCUCAGUCGAGGUACCGAGGAAAAAAACAUUAAAAAUAAAGAAAAAGGAAAGGAUUGCGCGAAAGAAGAAUGAAAGACGGUAGAGGAAAUUUUAAAAGGCUCUAAAAAAGACCGCCAGGAUAAAAGCAGCUCUCAGUCGUCGGGAAGGAGAAGCUCUGGCAUGUGGGGAUCUCCGGCACCAACAGGUAGGAGGAGAGGUGCUGGGGGAGUCUGGGGGCGCCGGAGGCUGCCGCAGCUGCAGAUAUUUUGAUGGCAUGACAAAUCAGAAAGAAGAGGAUGUACUGUAUGACUAGACACAAGAUCAGUUCUGUUUGUGGAUUACAUUUUCAGUAAGAUGUAUGGAUCUAUUUUUUCCCUGUUCUUAUGUAUAGAUCAUGAGACUUGACUGAGGCAAUAUACAUAUCAUCCAUCCAUCUAUGGCGAACUACAGCCAUGCAGCUGACAACAUUUUACAAAAUCUCUCUCCUUUAACAGCUUUUCUGAAACUGACUUCACUGGGUUUCAUAAUAGGAGUCAGUGUGGUGGGUAACCUUCUGAUCUCCAUUUUGCUAGUCAAAGAUAAGACCUUGCAUAGAGCUCCUUACUACUUCCUGUUGGAUCUUUGCUGCUCAGAUAUCCUCAGAUCUGCAAUUUGUUUCCCGUUUGUUUUCACCUCUGUGAAAAAUGGCUCUACUUGGACGUAUGGGACUCUUACUUGCAAAGUGAUUGCCUUUUUGGGGGUUUUAUCCUGCUUUCACACUGCUUUCAUGCUAUUCUGCAUAAGCGUCACCAGAUACUUAGCUAUUGCCCACCACCGUUUUUAUACAAAAAGGCUGACCUUCUGGACUUGCUUGGCUGUUAUCUGUAUGGUGUGGACCCUCUCUGUAGCCAUGGCUUUCCCCCCAGUUCUAGAUGUGGGCACCUACUCGUUCAUUAGGGAGGAAGACCAAUGCACUUUCCAGCAUCGUUCCUUCAGGGCUAAUGAUUCCUUGGGAUUUAUGCUUCUUCUUGCCCUUAUCCUCCUAGCUACACAGCUUGUCUACCUCAAGCUGAUAUUUUUUGUUCACGAUCGCAGGAAAAUGAAGCCAGUCCAGUUUGUUGCAGCAGUGAGCCAGAACUGGACUUUUCAUGGUCCUGGAGCGAGUGGUCAAGCAGCUGCUAAUUGGCUGGCUGGAUUUGGAAGGGGUCCCACACCUCCAACCUUGUUGGGAAUCAGGCAAAAUGCGAACACCACAGGCAGGAGAAGGCUACUGGUUUUAGAUGAGUUCAAAAUGGAGAAGAGAAUCAGCAGAAUGUUCUACAUCAUGACAUUCCUAUUUCUGACCUUGUGGGGUCCCUAUUUGGUAGCCUGUUACUGGAGAGUUUUUGCAAGAGGGCCUGUAGUUCCAGGGGGAUUUCUAACGGCCGCUGUCUGGAUGAGUUUUGCCCAAGCUGGAAUCAAUCCUUUUGUCUGCAUUUUCUCCAACAGGGAGCUGAGGCGCUGUUUCAGCACAACCCUUCUUUACUGCAGAAAAUCCAGGUUACCAAGGGAACCUUACUGUGUUAUAUGAGGGAGCAUCUGUAAAUCUUUAGCCUUGUGAAACACUACCAUUCUCUGCUAAGCAAUUGUGGCCUGUAGCCAUGUCUUGAAGAGAAAAUCAAGAAUGGGAUGUCAGCAGUUGUAAGGAUUUGGGCAACAUUCUGCAGUCUUUGCAAUAGCUCACCUCUAAUCCUAUUUUAAACCUAAACAUGUUCCUGCUGACCACUGCUGAAGGUUUGUAAUUAAGAACAAAGGACUGAACUACUGCCCUGAAUUCCUUUAUGUGGUUGAAAUCUAGAUUAUGAAAGUAGCAGGUGCUAAGUAUCAGUGCUAAAUGCUGUGUAUAUCACUACAUAAAAUAAGACCAUCAAAAAAGAUUAGCAUUGGACAUCUUAAUAAAUUAAGUUGAUAUGAGGUUAAUGUGUUGAUAAAACUAAUUUUAGACAUCUGAAGACCUUUAAAACAUUUCAUACGAUUAUUGUUUUGCAAAGACUGAAAUCUAGGGACUCAAGUACUGUAACUGAUGAAAGAUGUGCCAUGCAUUAUUGGAUUAUCACACUUACAAAUCUGUUUGCCUUGUGAGUAAGUUUUGGGGAGCAUUCCAAAGCAGUAUUUCUGUUCAGAUUUAGACUUUCUUUUUCCUUUUUUUUUUUUUUUUUUUCCCAAAAUAUAUUACUCUUUCUAAAUAUCAUUUUCCUUAACAGUGAAAUUACUAACAUUUAACUGUAUUCUGUGGUUUUUGCUGAUUUGGUAUAAAGUUUAAUAGACUCUUAUUUAUAUUUUUUAGAAAGCUAGAUAUCAGUCUGUUAGGCAACGUUAAUGAUGAUAACCAGUCAUAAUUGAACAGUUAUAAUUAUAAAGAAUAAACACAUGUUGCCUUAAAGGGUUAUCUAGUAUCUUCCAUUUUGUUUAGCAUUGAAGCAAAUAAGCAAGGAAAAUUGAAUCAAUAACUCUGGUCAGUCAUUUGGGAGUGCAUGAAAGAUCAUUUAGUCCUCUUUUUUUUUUCCAUUUUACUCCACUGGUUCCCAAAAUCAGUAUGCAUAUCACCAGGAUGAUAUGAUUUUUUUUCUCGGUGUGCCGCCCUUUCUAGUUUGUUCUGAGAAACACAGGCAGUUGAUGUAUGUUUAUAUUUUAAGACAGCUGUCAUGGGGAGACCGCAGCCUUAGUAUGAUAUCUUGCACAGUUUGUGAAGCAUUUAUUCUACUGAAGGCACAGUCUUGUUUAUAUUUUCUGCACAUUUUGGUGUAUUGGUUGUUUUAAAUUAUUUAAGUUUUAACUUGUGAAAGCAUAUAAUAUGAUUUCUUAGUAUUUUAGAAAUACAUUAGAGUCUGUGAGUCUUUCCUUCUUUAAGAUACAGAUGUGUGGAUUUCAAUAUAAAGUUGCAUUUGCCAAAAUUUACCUGUGUAGCUUGUUAAUUUUCUUGGAAUAAAAUUUUACAUUUUUCCAGUUAUACAAUUAACCUUUUUUAUUUUGUUUAGUGAGCUAGCAUGAAGUACUGAGAAUGUAGCCAUUAUGAAUUAUUAUCCUUUGCAGUCACUGUAUUCCCAAACUGUAAAUGCAUGAAUGAUGGGGACCACAGGAUUGAUAAAUGAUAUUAUCUACAGUAGCACUAUUGUGUAGUUUAUCAUAAUUACCCAUCUAUCUGUUCUAAUAUGUCAGUUAUAUUUAAAGUUACAACACAGUAUUUGACAUUAACUUCACAGUUUAAUUUUGGAAAAUGUGUCUGUUCUAGCACAACAUCAUGAGUUGGUCAAUCAUAAAGAACAUGGAUUUUUCUUAAUUUUGGGAGAGACAAGACUAGAGCUCUUAAUUCAGUAUUGGUAUAUGUUGUCCUUUGUUGCAGUUUUAUGACCAGCAAGUUAAUAUAUACAUACACAAGCAGCAGUCAAUAAUGGAAAUGCUUAAAUUUGUAUGAUAACAUUAUACAAGAUAUGCAACAAUUCAGAGUUGUGUGAUCAGACAACUUGAUCAAAGGUUUGGUGAGCAAUGUUUGACCUCGCUUACACUUUUAUAUAGAGGUUGAUUGGUUGAGAGGCAUGGCUUUAUAUACUGUGUUGAAACAGAAAAAUUGAUAAAGUAAUGAGUCCUCAUCAGUACAAGAAUGUUUCAGACUGACAUUUGAAAUGGGACCAAUAAAAUUCUACCCAAAGGAGGUUUUUUUAUUAAACUGAAAAGGCUUUGAAAUUAACGUAGUUAAGCAAUUUUCAAGAAGAGAAGAGUGAAUAAAACCAGAAUUGUAUGCUGAGAAAAAUUCUGAAAGUUAUCCCACUUAAGUUUAUUCUAAGGUUGAUUGGCAAUAACUUCAGUCUAAUUUCUAUAAAAUAGUAGCCUUUACAAGGAACAUUAAUAUUACAUAUUGUAAUAAAGCAGUACAUAUAAAUAAAGUUGUAAAUAGUGUUAUAGUUGUAGAAGUAGCUGGUUCUGAAAAUUAGCCAGAAAAUUUUCAACUAUGAAAUUUCAAAAGCUGCAAAUCUGGGGCCUGAUCUAACUCCUAAUAAAGUCAGUUGGUGUUCUCCCAUUAACUUCAUUUGGAGCAGAAGCAGGCCCUAAUAUUCUAUAGUACUAUGCUUCUGAAAUACUAAGAUGGCUGUAUUUACUAUGCAGUGGGAACAGAAAAAAACAAAACCAAACAAUUAAAAACUAUUUCCCUGGAAGUUUUGCAAGCAGUAACUGAUGUAAAUUAAAAUAAUAAACAGUAAACAAGUCUGAAAGCAAAUAUUUUGCUAAA